GGAAGACAUCUUGAGCCGCUGCGGUCGGUCCUUUAUUCGAGUGUCGGCCUGAACGUCGGGCCUGACGUGUUGCUGGAGAGUCUGCUCUCCGAGACCCGAGCUGUGAAAGUCCGUUUGAGCAACACCAAUAACAACAACAACAGCAGCAGCAGCAAGCCCAGUUGUAGUCCUGAGUUCGUCGCAUAUCGCUAUAGCUACAGACUACAACGGCUAGCGACGUCCUAGAUGCUAGUUAGCGCCACCUAGCUGGCCUCCUGCUCCACCUCCUCCGCCUCGACAGCCAGCCCCUUAACGCAGACACAAUGGCGUUAAAACGGAUCACGAAGGAGCUCACCGAUCUGUCCAGAGAUCCUCCGGCUCAGUGCUCCGCCGGACCCGUCGGGGAAGACAUGUUUCACUGGCAAGCAACUAUUAUGGGGCCUCCCGACAGCCCCUAUCAGGGUGGAGUAUUUUUCCUGACUAUUCAUUUCCCCACAGAUUAUCCCUUCAAACCACCGAAGGUCGCCUUCACAACAAGAAUUUAUCACCCAAAUAUUAACAGUAAUGGCAGCAUCUGCCUGGAUAUAUUGAGAUCACAGUGGUCUCCUGCAUUAACUAUCUCUAAAGUCCUUUUGUCCAUUUGUUCUCUGUUAUGUGACCCGAACCCCGACGACCCGCUAGUGCCAGAGAUCGCCCGCAUCUACAAAACAGAUCCUGUUAAGUAUAGCAGACUAGCCAGGGAGUGGACAGAGAAGUAUGCCAUGCUGUGAGCGGUACAACAAGACUGCUCAGGACUGGACUCAGAAAUACGCCAUGUGACCACCUGCUCCUCCUCCUCUCACUGCUGGAAUAAACUGUUUGAUUUUCUCCUGUGGCCACGCCCCCUCCCCCCUCAGCCAAUAGCAGCAAUUUGUUCAUAAUUUCCUUUUCGUUUUUUGGGUCCGAGAAGCUUUUAAAUUGUCACGAUUAUCUUUUUGUUUUUUUGUUCAAAAUAAAAUAAGGACUGAGCUGUGAAUGUGCCAACCGCAAAACAACAACAAUAAACAGGCGGAGCGACUGAAGAGAACCAUGGAUAAAGUAAUAAUAAUUUAAUGCAUGAUAAACAACAACAAACAGACUUUUGUUUAGUUUUAGACGACAGAGUUCAUCGUCACUUCUCCUCUUGCACUGAAGAUGAAACGACUCGACUGAUCACUGAUCGCUCCGAUUGAUCCACUGAUCGCUCUGUGAUGGGGGUUUUUUUCUCAAUAAAGUUGAACAAAUUGCAGUUU